AUGGCGGCGGCGUGGACCUCCGUGGGCCUGGUGGCGGUGGCCGCGCUGGUGGUGGGCAUCGCAAUGCCGGCCUCCGCCGCCGUGGCCGUGCAGCCGCCCGCGCCAGCGCCCUCCAGCGACGGCACAACGAUUGACCAGGGGAUCGCCUACGUGCUGAUGCUGGUGGCCCUUGUGCUCACCUACCUCAUCCACCCAUUGGACGUUUCCUCUCCAUACAGGCUCUUCUAAUCUGUAUUCAGAUUGUAUCAGUAGAGUAUUGGAGUUAGCUAUGAGAGUGCGAGGGCACG